GCCCGGAGCCAGAGCUGCCGGGGGCGGGAGGUGAGAGCCCACUGCCCGGUCCAGCCCGGCCUCAGCUCGGCCUCCCGGGGCCACCAUGGCCACGGACGAGCUGGCCACCAAGCUGAACCGGCGGCUGCAGAUGGAGGGGGACGGCAGCGGCGACGAGGGGCCGGGGCCGGGGCCGCCCGGGCUGAACGGGGCUGGGGCCGGUGGCCCGGGGGCCGAGGGGCCGGGGGAGCCUUGGGGCAGCGCGGACGACGAGCUGAGCGCCAAGCUGCAGCGCCGCGCCGACCUCAACCAGGGCACGGGCGAGCAGCAGAUGUCGCCCAGCAGGCGGGCCUUCAACCCCUACACCGAGUUCAAGGAGUUCUCCAGGAAGCAGAUCAAGGACAUGGAGAAGAUGUUCAAACAAUACGAUGCAGGGAGGGACGGUUUCAUCGACCUGAUGGAGCUGAAACUGAUGAUGGAGAAGCUGGAGGCCCCCCAGACGCACCUCGGGCUGAAGAACAUGAUCAAGGAAGUGGAUGAGGAUUUUGACGGCAAACUCAGUUUCCGGGAGUUUCUGCUGAUUUUCCACAAGGCAGCCGCGGGAGAGCUACAGGAAGACAGCGGCCUCCACGUCUUAGCUCGGCUCUCGGAGAUCGACGUCUCAACGGAGGGAGUCAAAGGAGCCAAAAACUUUUUUGAGGCCAAAGUGCAGGCGAUCAAUGUCUCCUGCCGUUUCGAGGAGGAGAUCAAGGCUGAACAGGAAGAGAAGAAAAAGCAGGCGGAGGAGAUGAAGCAGAGGAAAGCCGCCUUCAAAGAGUUGCAGUCGGCCUUCAAGCAGUGAGCUUGAGGGGUGGGCAGGAGGCUGGCCAGGGUCGGGGGGUGGGGACGGAACCUGACAGGAACCAGAAUCUGCAAAGACCCGGCCCCCGUGCAUAGGAAGAAAAAGUUGAUGAGGUGGGUAGAAAGGCAGGCGCUGGGUGACUUUCCCAUCACUGGGAGCAGCGUGGCCCAGUGGAAAAAGUAGGACCUGGGUUCUAAGGCCGGCUUCACCACUCAUCCACUGUGUGACCCAAGCAAGUCGCUUCACUUCCCCGUGCCUCAGUUUCCUCAUCUUCAAAAUGAGGAUCAGAUUCUACUCCCUCCUAAUCAGACCGUGAACCCUAUGUGGGACAGGGACCGUGUCCGCCCCGAUUAUCUUGUUUCUUACCCCAGCGCUUAGUAUAGCGCUUGGCACAUAGUAAGUGCUUAACGAAUACUAUAAUUAAUCAGUGGACCAAUUCUAAUAACAUUCAAACGGUGAACCUGGAAUCUGAACCCAAGACCGCUGCCUCCCUGUCAUCUGUUCAUCUCGUUGCCCACCCGCUUCUCCUAGACCCUGACUUCGCUGUGGUCUCGUUUCCCCUUGGAUUCCAAACGCCCUCGGCGAUAUUGUAGAUCUGUAAGCCGGGCUACCCUCUGCAUGGACGCUUGCUAUUUGCUCUUGAACCGCAGCGAGCCCUCCAAGUGUAAAGACAGUGCCGAACUCCAGAAAGAGGGAUAAACCCCUCCCCGGCCGUGGCCCGGAGCCGAGCAGACUCGAGACCUGUAACUGUGUCGAUGGCUUGGCCUCCUGCGGCCCUGGGUUGGGAUUCCAAAGAGCAGGCACAAACACCGGGCGGUGGAUCUGUAAUGCUCCCCGAGUUAUCGUUAGGGAUGGAUUAAUUUGGCUUUCUUAAACUCUCCUCCUCUCUCUUCUCCCAACUUGCCGGUCGCUGAGGCUCGAUCGGGCAGCUUUCCGAUCAUCCGCAGCCCUAGCGAGUCUGGGAGAGGAGUGGAGGCCCCCCGGCAAACCCAGGCUGAUGCGCUCCUCCCCGGCCUUCCUCACCGGGCCUCCAUUUCCCCUGGAAGGCGGGGAGGGUCACGCUAAUCUACCUCACGGGCCCCCUCAUGGCAAAGCACUAGAGGUGACUUCAGCACAAUCUGAUCUGAGGGACCAGCGGAUGAGGGGUAGUGGGGCAGAACUCCCAACUCCCCCCAGUUCUCCCCUCCCUGGGGUGACCUCAGGCAAUGACUUAAAAAAAAAAGGCCGGAGCCGCCUCCCCAGAACACUGAGGGCGCGGAGCGGGAUCUUGUGAAACUUGAGGGGAGAACUCGCCGAGCGAGGCUGCCGUUCGACGAGGGUACAGGGAUCCCCGGCCUUGCGGAGCGGACAAACGCUCAGCCUCCGGAAGGGGCUUCUAAGUGUCUUUGCAUGCACUGUGACAUUGAAGAGUGAAACCAGACAGGCUCAGCCAUUUGCUCUGUCCUCUCUCUCUCCCGCCACCCACCCCUAUCCAAGAGAAAUGUGUAUCUCGUUGUUAGCGUACCUUUGGUGACGUAUCCAAUUGAAUUUAAGCCACCGUCCAGCGAAGUGAUGUUCGUAAUAGGCCAGUCCCGUCGUGUCCUCCCCUGGGGGGGUGUGGGUCGCCUGGGCACUCUGCCCUGCCCGCCCGGGGUCUCCUAGACCCCGGACCACUGGUGCCAGGCGGAUGGUCUCCCUCAGGGGUUCUCGUGUGUUGCCGUGGAUGUUCGUACCCCCCUCCCGACCCCGACUGUCACCGAGUGGGACAGACAACAACCAACUAUGCCACUAAGUUAUGCAACUUCUCUGUGUUUCUCAUGAAAGAUGUCACUGCAUUUUAGACUCGAUAAGUCUUUAUUUUUCAGGAACUUCCGGAAGGUAUCAAACCCCACUGUGGGAAUUUAGAGGUUUUAUUUUUGUUUUGUAAUAUAAUCUACAGAAAGAAGAGACAUUGAUUGAUUACCUAGUAGCUUUGAUCUUUGAUUUGCUUUUUCCAUAGCGGAUAUGUUUAUAAGGAUGAAUAAUAAAAAACCUUUGCUUUUUUUUUCUUUAUCCAAAAAGCUACUUCAUUCAGUGGUACGAUUAUUUUUUUUAACUAAAAUAAAGCCAAAAUUAUAUAUUCUUA